AAUCAAACUGUCGAAAACAAAAGGCAUUCUUCCAAAUUGAUACACCCUGCGAGCUUUGGCACGUGCCGCUGAUUCAUUUCCUCCAUUUAAUUGAUAAUCACCUCCUCCCACUUGAGCGAGCAAUCCAGAAAUGCUUUGUAUAAAACCUCUACCGGUGUUGACAGCAAUUAUCAUUUGUUAUCAUCGUUCGCAUUGAUAGAUACAGCUUAGCCGGUCGACGAGCCCCUCCAUUAGAGCCCCCUCGAAGUUAAUCAUCGUCAAAAUGUUCAAGAUCAUUGGUGUAUUCGUCGUCAUUGCCGUUGCCUCGGUUGCGGCCAAGGCCGACCCCAAGCCCGGUGUGAUUGCGUACAGUGCCCCGGUGGUGGCCACUGCCCCGGUUGUGCCCAGUGCAACCUUCUUCGAGCAGUCCUUCCACGGAAACUUUGCACCUGCUGCCGCGGUAGUCGCUGCCCCUGGCUACCCAACCGCUUAUCUGGCCUCUCCGCUGGCAUACUCCUACUCGGCCUAUGAGCCGUUCGUUGCCACGGCCCCUGCCGUCCUACCUCUGCGCAGAUAAUUGGAUGCAAUUGGUACUUUGAACUGUGAAAGCUGUGAUUAUCUAUCCUGGAAAUGUAAACAACAUAAUUUUAUACGAAAAUAAAAUGACCUGAAUCUCGAAAUGCACUUAUUUU